AUGGCGAGGAACCUGUUCUCCGUCCCCAUCUUCUUCAUCGUCUGGCGCGAGACGCUCGAGGCCGCCAUCAUCAUCUCUGUCCUCCUCGGCCUCGUCGAGCAGAUCGUCAAGGAUGAGCCCGGGCGCAUUACGGGCGGCGCGGUCCCCGAGCUGCGCCGCGACGACAGCGUGAGCGAGGGCACCGGCAGCGACUCGGAGGUCGAGGACGUCCAGGUCGACGCGAAGAAGCUCAUCAAGAAGCUCCGCAUGCAGAUAUUCAUCGGCGGCGCGAUCGGCCUGCUCGUCGCGCUCGCCAUCGGCGCCGCCUUUAUCGCCGUCUGGUUCACGCAGGCCUCCAACCUCUGGCAAAAGUCCGAGGAGCUCUGGGAAGGUAUCUUCGAGUUUAUCGCAUCGCUGAUGAUCUUCGUCAUGGGCGUCACGAUGCUCAAGCUCGACCGCGCCAAAGCCAAGUGGCGCGUCAAGCUGCAGAAGGCAUUUGACGGACGCCGCGUCGACCGCCAAACGCUCACCGGCCGCUGGGUGCUGCUCAUCCUCCCGCUGAUCACCGUCCUCCGCGAGGGCAUCGAGGCCGUCAUCUUCGUCGGCGGCGUCUCCCUCGGCCAGCCCGCCACCGCCAUCCCCAUCGCGGCCAUCGUCGGCCUCAUCUGCGGGCUCGCGUGCGGCUUCGUGAUCUACCAGUUCGCGUCGCGCACGACGCUCCGCGUCUUCCUCGUCGUCAUGACCAACUUCCUCUUGCUCAUCGGCGCGGGGCUCUUCAGCAAGGCGAUCUGGGCCUUCCAGGAGAACGCGUUCAACAAUUUGCUCGGCGCGGACGUGGACGACACGGGCGGGGACGGCCCCGGGUCUUUCGAUGUUAGGGGGAACGUGUGGCAUCUGGAUUGCUGUAACCCGGAUAACAACGUCGACGGCCAGGGCUGGCUCAUCUUUGGCGCGAUCUUCGGGUGGACGAACAGCGCGACGGUCGGCUCGGUGCUCUCGUACGUGUUCUACUGGCUCGCGGUCAUCGCGGUGCUCGUGUACAUGAAGUUCAAGGAGGGCCGGACGAGGCUGUUUGGCAGGUACGAGAGCGCGGCGGGUAAGCGGAGGCGGAUCGAGCGCGAGGCAAGGGAGGCGCUCCCGCAAUGAUCUCUCUCACCCUCUUCACUUGUCUCUUCUCCCCUUUGUCCCCCGCCGCCGCCACUGGACCUAAAUACAACAAAAUUGCACUUCCCGCACCCCUGUAGACUACAUCUGAUUCCUUGGUUUUCGUCUCCUCUCCUGUAUUUUUUCUCCACGUUUCAUCCUUUUGUUUUCUUAGGUAGUUGAUGACGGCUUGCGAUGGAUGCUAUGAAAUGGAAUGCAA